AUGAAGUCCGAUAUCUGCGCGACAUGCGGCGAGAUCAGGACUGUGGAGGGAGCCAGGUUCGAGCACGUGCGCAUAGGCCUCGACGAGCCCCCAGAGCUGGUCUUGUCCCCCACCAGCUGCUCUACGGCACGAAGCUACGCCAACCCUGGGACCUCCUCGCGGUCAAUGACUGGCGAGAUUUUUCGGCUUGUCCAUGAUGACCAAGCCCACCAGGGUUUCGAUGCCUGUUGGCAGAAGCUCAACGGUAUCACCUUCUACAAAGGAGCUAAGCUACUUAAGCAGUACAUCACCCACUGCCCUGUGUGCCUCGAGAACAAGACUCGCCGCCAUAAGCCUUAUGGCUCCCCUCAGCCAAUCCUAUCCCCCCCAGUUCCUUUCCAUACACUCACGUUGGAUUGGGUGGUCGGCCUACCAACCACAGCCGAGGGAUAUGACUGCGCAUUGGUUAUGGUAUGUAAGUUCACCAAGCUAUCAGCAGCGUUACCUGGCCAGACAGAUUGGACCGGCCAACAGUGGGCUAAACUCGCGCUGGCUUACUGGAUGUCGGCAAACUGGGGCAUUCCGUCAGUCAUGACCUCAGCUCUUCCCUUCCUGCAGCUUGACUCGAUUCGAUCUGUUAUCCCAGUAAUCAACGCAGUUCUGCUUGACUUGGUUCGAUCUGAUAUCCCAGUGAUCAACGCAGUUCUGUCUCCUAGUGUUGAGGCAACGUUAUUGAGAUCCACCAUGCCCAUUCUCAAUAAUGACGUUGUGCUUCUUAUUGAAGAUCACCUCUGCUACCAACCAGAUAAGUUCAGCAUGAUGUGUGUGUGCCGACAAUGGUACGCUCUGCUUUUACCCCGACUCUUCGCGAGGCGCAUAUGGAUGAACUCCAAUAUCGGGGCUGCAUUCCGGAAUCUGGAUGUGCGGUUGGAUUUGGAUUACGGGGUGCCAGAGCCGAAAUAUGAUGUGAGGAUUGUGAAGGAGGCCGUCGAGCGAGCUUGUGAUUCACAUGAGCGAGCCGCAGAGGGAAUCGCCGUCGAUCUGGAUGACUCCCUUGUAGCAUCCGGGUCCGGGCUUGAGUACGAAGCCACCCUCGAACUGAUUCUUGUCCAUGCCCAAGGUUCUGCUCAGGUCCAAGCACACACCCAUGACUAUGACCUCGGACUGUAA